AUGGAGGACUCGUCAGAUGAGGAAUCUUUGAGUUCAAAUGGUACUUUUUCUGAAGAAGAAGAGGAGAAAGAAAGAAAAGAAAAAAAGGGAAAAGAAGAUUCCGGUUUGCUGCUGGCAGCAGAGCGGCGCUUCGGGCUGCUGUCUGCUGCAGAGCGCAGCCGCCUUCGCCAGUUCGCGGGGGCCCCCGAGCUGCAAAACCCAAAGUUGAAGUCAGCAAUUCGGGGGCUCUUUUCGGGGCCCGGGGGGCCCCCAGGGGCCCCCGGGGCCCCCAGGGCCCCCGGGGCCCCCGGGGGCCCCGGGGGCCCCGGGUCUGCAUUUGCGGGGCUUUCUCGGCUUUUGGAGGAGCCGGAGUUUCGGGCACUGGCGCAAGCCCUCAUGCAUGCAAUUGGUGGCGAAAAUUUGAACAAUUUGGAGACUUUUUGCGGAAAAAUUCGAAAAGUUUCGACCCCUGGCGACGCGGCGGCGCGGGCGGAGUGA